UAUAACAAAUACAUUGACACAAAAAAGUAAAAUAGUUAUGUGUGAACAUGGCUUUGCUGGAACUGUACACCAAGUACAACAGAGUGUGGAUCCCAGAUCCACAGCAUGUGUGGAAAUCUGCCGAGAUCAUGAGAGACUUUCACUCGGGGGACACUGUUCUUGAAUUGCUCCUUGAAGAUGGCUCUGAGCAGUCCUACCCUGUUGACCCCUCUAGUCCACAACUCCCUCACCUUCGCAACCCUGACAUCUUGGUCGGGGAGAAUGACCUCACAGCUCUCAGCUACCUCCAUGAACCUGCGGUCCUGCACAACCUCAAAGUCCGCUUUGUGGAGUCCAAAAUCAUCUACACCUACUGUGGUAUCAUACUGGUGGCCGUAAAUCCCUACAAACAGCUUCAUAUCUAUGGAGAUGCAAUCAUUCAUGCGUACUCCGGCCAGAACAUGGGAGACAUGGACCCUCACAUAUUUGCAGUGGCAGAGGAGGCUUACAAACAGAUGGCCAGAAACCACAAGAACCAAUCCAUCAUUGUCAGCGGUGAAUCUGGAGCAGGGAAAACGGUGUCUGCUCGGUAUGCUAUGAGAUACUUCGCCAUAGUGAGCAAAACUGGCAGCAAAACACGGGUUGAAGACAAGGUCCUAGCCUCUAAUCCAGUCACAGAGGCAAUAGGAAAUGCAAAGACAGUCAGGAACGACAACAGCAGUCGCUUUGGAAAAUACACCGAGAUCAGUUUCGACAAGAGGUACCGGAUCAUCGGGGCGAACAUGAGGACCUAUCUCCUUGAGAAAUCUAGAGUGGUGUUUCAGGCAGAGAAUGAGCGCAACUAUCACAUAUUCUACCAGAUGUGUUCCUGCGCGGACCUGCCGCAGUUCAAAAGCCUGAGACUGUUGAGUGCAGAUAAGUUUCAGUACACCUGCAUGGGUGGGGAGACUAGCAUUGAAGGUGUAGAUGACAAAAAGGGCAUGGAAGAAACACAACGGACCUUCACACUGUUGGGGCUGAAGGAGGAUUUUCAGUCAGAUGUGUUCAAAGUUUUGGCUGGGAUUCUGCAUCUGGGAAAUGUGGAAAUCAUAAAUGUCAGUGGUGACAGAUCAUCAGUUCGUUCCAGUGAUCCACACCUCACAGCUUUUUGUGAGCUACUGGGUGUGAGUACAGAGGGAUUGGUGCAGUGGCUGUGCCAUCGGAGAAUUGUUCUUGUGGCAGAGACGGUGGUGAAGCCGGUGCUCAAAGAGCGGGCUGUAAAUGCCAGAGAUGCCCUGGCCAAGCAAAUCUACGCCCAUCUGUUUGACUUUGUUAUCCAUGAGAUAAACACAGCACUGAAAGUUCCUGGAAAGCAACAUGCUUUCAUAGGUGUUCUGGACAUUUAUGGCUUUGAAACAUUUGACGUCAACAGUUUUGAACAGUUUUGCAUCAACUAUGCAAAUGAAAAACUUCAGCAGCAGUUUAACUUGCAUGUUUUCAAGCUGGAGCAAGAGGAGUACAUGAAAGAGGACAUCCCAUGGACACUGAUAGAUUUCUAUGACAAUCAGCCAGUCAUUGACCUCAUUGAAGCUAAGAUGGGGAUCCUUGACUUGCUUGAUGAAGAGUGUUUGCUUCCUCAGGGCACUGAUCAAAACUGGCUGCAAAAGCUGUACAACUACCUUGCUCCCAACCCACUGUUUGAGAAGCCCAGGUUAUCAAAUGAGGCCUUUAUGAUUCAACACUUUGCCGACAAGGUAGAAUACCAAUGCAAAGGUUUUCUUGAGAAGAACAGAGAUGCUCUCUAUGAAGAACUGGUUGAUAUUAUGCGAGACAGUAAGUUUCCUCUGCUGGCCAACUUUUUCCAAGAGGUGGAUCAAAGCCCUCUAACAGGCAAAGGUUUCCGAGUGAAGUCUGCCAGGCCUGUGCCGAAAUCAGCCAAUAAGCAGCUCAGAACCACUGUUGGAGAUAAGUUCCGCAGCUCACUCUAUUUACUGAUGGAAACGCUGAAUGCCACCACCCCCCACUACGUGCGCUGCAUUAAGCCCAAUGAUGAAAAGCUGCCAUUUGAGUAUGACUCCAGGAGGGUGGUACAGCAGCUGCGAGCCUGUGGAGUCCUCGAAACUAUUCACAUCAGUGCACAGAGCUACCCGUCCAGGUGGACUUACAUUGAAUUUUACAGCCGGUACAGUAUCCUAAUGACCCAACAGGAGGUUGGCCUCAAUGACAAGAAGCAGACCUGCAAGACAGUGCUGCAGAGGUUGAUUCAGGACUCAAACCAAUACAAGUUUGGCAGAACAAAGAUCUUCUUCCGAGCCGGUCAGGUGGCUUAUUUAGAGAAACUGCGUCUGGACCGACUCCGAGGAGCAUGCGUGACCAUCCAGAAGCACGUCCGUGGCUGGAGCCAGAGGAGGAAGUACCUACGCAUGAGAGAGGCGGCCAUCAUCCUCCAACAGUACAUCCGUGGACAGCGGCAAGUCCGUAAAUCAGUGAGUGCUGCAACACUCAAGCAGGGCUGGGCAGCGCUGGUGAUCCAGAAAUACUGGAGAGGCUACCGCAUGAGACAGAUCUACCAAGCAGUCCAUCUGGCCUCCGUCACCAUCCAGGCCUUCACACGAGGAUGGAUCGCCCGUAAACGAUACAAAAGGAUGAUGGAAGAGCACAAAGCCAUGAUCCUGCAGAAGUAUGCCCGAGCUUGGCUGGUCCGACGGCGAUUUCAGACGAUGCGUCGGCUGGUGCUCAACGUUCAGCUCUCCUACAGGGUGCAGCAGCUCAGGAAGAAGAUUGAAGAGCAGAACAAAGAGAACCGUGGCUUGGUGGAAAGACUGACCAGCUUGGCCAACUCCCAUUCCCAAGCCGUGGAGAGGGUUCAGAGUCUGGAGGCUCAGCUGGAGAAAUCAGCGAGCAAGAGGGCGUCUUUGGAGGCAAAAGAGCUCAAAGCAAAAGAAGAUGCUAGUCUGAUAAUUGCACAGCUUCAAAAGGAGAAGGAGACGCUAACGCUUGACAAACAGGACAUGGAGACAAAGUAUGCUACGUCCAUAAAAGAGUCUAAAGAUAGCUUUGAUCAAAUAAAGAGAAAUCUUCAGGAAGAGAAAGAAAACGAAGCAAGACUUCGAAAAAUUGCAGAGAACAACACUGAGAUCCAGAGGCAGGACCACGAAAAAGAGAUGGAAACUCUUCAAGAGGAGAUGAGGAGACUGAAAGAGCAGCGGGUUGGUCUACAGCGACAGAUAGAGGAGGGGGGCAAAGUCAACGCCGACCUGCAGGAUCAAGUCGUCCAGCUCACCAAGCAUGCCAAGGCCAUACCUGAGCUCCGGAAAGAUCUCCACAACCUGCAGACUCAGAGAUCGAGCAUGGAGAGAAAGAUAAAGGAACAGUCAGAACAAGCGAGAGUUAAAAUGAUCAUGAUUUCAAGACAGCUUCUUGGUGGUGUAGUUGAAGAGGAGGUUCUAACAAGGCUCGGUCCAGAUGACCCUGACAAGCUCUAUGAGGUUGAAGACUUGCUGACUGCUUUGGAUGGCCUGCAGAAAGCUACCAGAGUACUUGAAAACCACCAGAGGGAGCAAAAGGAAUGCUAUGAGAGCAAAGUGGAGGGCUUUAAAUUCAAAGUGGACCACCUGGAGAAAGAGAACAACCAGUUAAAAAAUCUGUUCCAGGAGAAAAGUAAUGUCAAUGACAGGAUUCACCAAGAGGUGUCCAGGCUCACCAGCGAAAAUAUGGUUAUACCUGAGCUAAAACUGCAGGUUUCAGAGCUGCAGAGACAGAAGCAAGAGCUGGAGGUCCACGUGGAGGAGCAGAGCAGAGAGUUAGCUGAAAAAACAGAGGAGAUUACAAACACUCUUCAAAAGAAGAUUGAAGAAGAGAGCUCCCAGCGCAGGCACUUUGAGCAGCAAGCUCAAGCGUUGGAAGAGGAGAAGAGGGAGCUGCAAGGAAGAGUAGAAGACCUGGAGGAAGAGAAUGAACACCUGAAAAGACAACAUCUGAUGGCCAGCGAGGCCAAGACCAGACUGAAUCAAGAGGCUGCACAGUUAACCGCUGAGAAUAUAGACCUUGAGGAGCAGCUGGAUAAGAAGGACAGAUUGAUAAAGAAGCUCAAAAAUCAAAUAAAGAGCCUUGAAACAUCACAGAAAGCCAAGCAAACUUCUGCGCUCGCUAUUCCUAAGGAUUACCUUGGUAUGCUGGAAUACAAGAGAGAGGACGAAUCCCGACUCGUUCAAAACAUCAUUCUGGACCUGAAGCCCAAAGGUGUGGUGGUGAACAUGAUCCCCGGCAUGCCAGCAUACAUCCUCUUCAUGUGUGUCCGCCAUGCCGACUACCUGAACGACGGAGCCAAACUCAAGUCUCUCAUGAACGCCAUCAUCAGUGGCGUCAAAAAGGUCAUCAUGGAUCACCACAAAGACUUUGAGGUGCUGUCGUUCUGGCUCUCCAACACGUAUCACCUGCUCAAUUGUCUGAAGCAGUAUAGCGGGGAAGAGGAGUUCAUGAAACAAAACACCCCCCGCCAGAGCAAGAACUGCUUGCAGAAUUUUGAUUUGUCAGAGCACAGACAGAUUCUCAGCGACCUCGCCAUCCACAUCUAUCACCAGUUUAUCGCAGUCAUGGAGAAGACCCUCACACCCAUGAUUGUACCCGGUAUGUUGGUGCACGAGAGUUUACAAGGGAUUUCAAGCAUGAAGCCCACAGGUUUCAGGAAGCGUUCCGGCAGUAUCUAUGAGGACUCGGAGACCUACACCAUCUCCUCCAUCCUCCAGCAACUCAGCGCCUUCCACUCCACCAUGAGCCAGCACGGUAUGGAGCAAGGCCUCAUCAGACAGGUCGUCAAGCAGCUCUUCUUCCUUGUGGGUGCCACCACCCUCAACCACAUCAUGCUCCGCAAAGAUAUGUGUUCAUGCAGGAAGGGCAUGCAAAUCAGAUGUAACAUCAGUUACCUGGAGGAGUGGCUGAAGGAGAAGGAGCUGCAAACCUCUAAUGCCAUAGACACUCUGAGGCCGCUGUCUCAGGCCGCCUGGCUGCUGCAGGUCAACAAGUCCACUGACGGUGACGCCAAGGAGAUCACUGACACCUGCACUGAACUCAACCCUGUGCAGAUUGUCAAGAUUUUGAAUUCCUACACACCCAUUGAUGAUUUUGAGAAAAGGGUGUCAUCUUCAUUCGUCCGCAAAGUUCAGUCUUUACUACAAGACCAUGAGGGCUCAACACAGCUGAUGCUGGACACUCAGUAUCAUUUCCAGGUCACAUUUCCUUUCUGCCCAUCCUCACAGGCCCUGGAGUUGCUUCAGGUCCCCAGCAGCCUCCAUCUGGGCUUCCUAACCAGAAUCUAACAUAGAAACAAAAAAGUGACAUCACAUUUUUAAGGUGUAAGGAAUACUUUGCUCCAAAGUGGAGUAACCUGUAUAAAAUCCAAUAGUAUUUCAGUUACCUCACUGAAAACAAUCAUAUCAGCACAAGAAAACGCCAAGUAUUUUAGUAUGUUUCUUAACACAUCUAUUUAAUGUUAAUUUUAUUUUGUUCGUUGAUCUAAAUCUUUUGAAUAAAAUGUUU